AUUGGCCGACGCACCUGUCAGUCACGGUGUCCUUGCCGCCCACUUCCGCCCUGCUCCAGCGACUGUACUCUCUUCGAUUGUUUAUGUUACUAGAGCUCUAAUUUGACCUUAAUUCACAGGUGUGUGUCUGGCUGUCUGUGAUGCUUUGCAGAGAGGCUGGGCCGGUUGGUGGAAACAUGACUUCUGAGUAACGCACAGUUACUUUGUCUGCUCAGUAUGAACAGCGAGGAGGAGUUUUACGACGCGGAGACAGGGCUGGAGUCAGAUGAUUCCUGUGAGGUCAGUUUUAAGGAUGCCCUGGUGUUUGAAAGCAAGCAGGUGACUGACGGCAGCGCUGCACAGGAGAAUGGAGUAUGGGAGCGCAGGAAAACCCUGCCAUCUGAAAUGAUCUCCAGAAACAACUUCAGUGUGUGGAGCAUACUGAAGAAAUGCAUCGGCAUGGAGCUAUCCAAAAUAGCGAUGCCGGUUGAGUUUAACGAGCCGCUGAGUUUUCUCCAGAGAAUCUCGGAGUACAUGGAACACACUCACCUCAUCCACAAAGCCUGCAGUUUACCUGACUCCAUAGACCGCAUGCAGAUUGUUGCUGCAUUUGCAGUUUCAGCUGUAGCAUCUCAGUGGGAAAGGACUGGAAAGCCAUUUAAUCCUUUACUGGGGGAGACAUAUGAACUCACAAGAGAGGACGAUGGAUACAGGUUGAUCUCAGAGCAGGUGAGCCACCACCCCCCCAUCAGUGCCUUCCAUGCUGAGUCUUUGAAGAAAGAGUUCGAAUUUCAUGGCUCCAUCUACCCGAAACUCAAAUUCUGGGGCAAAAGUGUCGAGGCUGACCCCAAAGGCACGAUGACACUGGAGUUACUAAAACAUAAAGAAGCGUACACGUGGUCAAACCCAAUGUGCUGUGUGCACAACAUCAUCUUAGGAAAACUCUGGAUUGAGCAAUACGGAACAGUGGAGAUACUCAACCACAACACGGGAGAUAAGUGCGUGUUGAACUUCAAACCGUGUGGCAUGUUUGGGAAAGAGCUGCACAAAGUAGAAGGUCAUAUCCAAGACAAAAGUAAGAAGAAGCGGCGAGUGAUCUACGGAAAAUGGACAGAGUGCAUGUACAGCGUGGACCCCAAGGUCUAUGAAGCAUACAAGAAGUCAGAGAAGAAGACGGGAGGAGACUCAAAAAAGCUGAAACAGGAACAUAGUUGUGAAGGUGAGGAGUCAGAUGAGAUGCCAGAAGUUCAAGAGACUGUGACUGUGAUACCAGGAAGUGCCUUACUGUGGAGGAUAAUGCCACGGCCUGCUCACUCAGCACAGAUGUAUAACUUCACCAGCUUUGCCAUGACACUAAACGAGCUGGAGCCCGGCAUGGAGAGACUACUGCCACCAACAGACUGCCGGCUGAGGCCUGACAUCAGAGCCAUGGAAAACGGAGACACAGAUACAGCAAGUACAGAGAAAGAGCGGUUAGAGGAGAAACAGCGGGACGCUCGCAGAGAGCGCUCCAAGGAUGAGGAGGAGUGGUCAACCAGGUGGUUCCAGCUGGGAACGAACCCUCACACAGGAGCUGAGGAUUGGCUGUACACAGGUGGAUACUUUGACAGGAAUUACACUGACUGUCCCAACAUUUAUUGACACAGGGAGGUGUGAAGAUCUCCUCUCUGAUGAUCGGAUUCACUUUGUUUUUUCUCUCAGCAUCUAAGAUUUGUCUAAUGUGACGUUGCGGACGCUCGCCGGUACCGUUUUCUCUGUUUUGAAUCGAUGAAAAGCUGAUAUCAAAAAAUGUUAUCAGACAGUUUAUCAAGUCAACUGUGAACCACACGAGAAGUAAAACUGAGGAGAAUUUUAGAGUUUACUUACUGUAAAUGUUGAUAAAACAUCAACCACCUUCAUCUUUAUAUGCCCUAAUCAUGAUUCUGACAACGAUAGUCCACAUGUAUGUUACUCACCCGUCGAAGGUUUUAAUCUCUGGAGCGGAGGCCGUGCCGCUGCAGGACACAAACCUCUUGACUUCUAGAGGAUUUAUUUUCAUUUUUAGUUCAAGUACUCAACCAUAAUGUAGUAGCGUAACCCACCACACACUUCUGUCAAAGUCGCAUUCAGAUAUCAGGGGUUAUUUAAACACACAUCCGCUACUUUUAUAUAACCUAUUUGAAUAUUAGAUGUCUAUUUUAGUUAGCACUAAACAUCCCUAAAACUUCACAAGUGUGAUCAUUUUCUGUGAAUAGAGACUUACAGUAGAAAAGAAAGCUGCUUCUAACCAUGUUUACUGACAACAGUAAACACAUAUUGUUGGUACAUUAUAUUAUUGUUCCGCUGUAACAUAGAUUAUGUGUAUAAUAAUUGGUGCAUGCAUGGCCACCAAGAUGACUAUUUACACAAAGUUAAAGCCAUAAGAUGUUUUCUGCACUGAGGAAAAUACUGUAAAUGUAUUCAUAUAGAACUUUAAAGCAAAGGGAUUCACAGCAUUUUGGUUUAAAGAGAACGCUGCGUCAUAUUGACUCCUGAUUAUAAUCAUUUGUUUUUACACAGGAACACUUCACUCUGUUUCUGCGUUUUCAAUUUGACGUCGUUUUUUCCAUCAAUCAAAGCCGUGUUUUCAGACGCGGUAGCAGCAAAUAAGGGUAGCUCUUUGUGAUAAGCAUUAAUUAAUGGUUUUAUUAAUGGUUAAUAAAUCAUUUUUAAAGA